AUGGCACCCUCCCCUGACAGCCCAAUUCCUCUAUGGUUGGAUUGUGAUCCUGGACACGAUGACGCAUUCGCUAUUCUGCUCGCUGCGCAUCACCCGUCGUUGCAACUCUUAGGAAUUACAACCGUCCACGGCAACGCUUCUCUCGAGAAUACGACGACUAACGCUCUAAGAGUCCUCGAAGCUAUCGGUCGUCCAGAUGUCCCUGUCUAUGCCGGCAGCAGGAAGCCUUUUUGCCGGCCUGCAGUUCACGCUCCGGACAUUCAUGGCGACUCUGGACUCGAUGGAACUGAUUUGUUACCGAAAGCAACGAGGCUUCCUGUGACAGACAAAAACCCAAUUGUCGCAAUGCGUGAUGCUCUCAUGGCACAGCCAAAGGGAACGGCUUGGGUUAUCGCAACUGGCACUCUGACCAAUGUUGGCUUGCUCUUCGCAACGUUUCCCGAAGUAGCGGCCCAUAUUCAGGGUCUUAGCAUCAUGGGCGGUGCCGUUGGUGGAGGCUUCACAGAUGCUCCCAUGAGCCGACUGCCGGGGGAACAUGAGAGAAUUGGAAAUACGACACCCUGGGCAGAGUUCAAUAUCUACGUGCGUAUAUCAAUAUCGCGUGUGAUUUCCGGGUCGCUUUCUAACAUCGUGUUCGGUCAACAGUGUGAUCCUGAGGCCUCCAAAUCUAUUUUCAGCAAUCCUACCCUGGCACCGAAGACAACAAUGAUCGGGUUGGAUUUGACUCACCAAGUGCUUGCUUCUCGUAGUGUGCAAAACCGCAUUCUCCAUGGAUCCGGCGACCCCACCAAAACCCCCUCGGUUCUCAGGAGAAUGAUGCACGCCCUACUUGUCUUCUUUGCUCAGACCUACGACACCGUCUUCGGCUUGUCGUCCGGUCCUCCGCUUCACGAUCCGCUCGCGGUGGCCGUCGCUAUCUCAAAUCUCAACCCGACCUUUGCGAAAAAGCACCCCGACCAAGCCUUGAUGUUUAAUGACAAGAAUGGUGAGCGGUUUGCUGUCGACGUGGUCACCGAUGGCAUCCAUUCAAAGAGUGUGUUGGAGACGGGACAGCUAGGCCGUACACUAGCUACUCCAAUGGGCGGACAUGGUGUAGCUAUCCCCAGAGGAGUGGACCUGGAGGCCUUUUGGGGUUUGAUUUUGGAUUGCCUCACCCGCGCCGAUAAAUGGAACGCUGCGCGAAAGCCAUGA